AACAUUAAAUCUAAGGAAAUACAUGAAUAAACUUUUAAGCUUUGCCUAAAAUGUUAACAGACAAAAUGAUGUGAGCUUGGAAAAUGUGUAUUGCUGUGCAAAGGUUUGGAAGUAGUUUAAAAUAUUUGCAUAGCUCAGCUACAUAAACAACACACACUGCUAUAAAAGAGAUUAACACAGAAAGAAAAAGCGUGUUCAUUUCCAUAAUUACUGCAUCGAAUAAAAAGGACGUAAUGGAGGCAAACUAUCUCAUUAUUGUUCAGCGUCACCCCUCCACCCCAACCUGGCCUUCUUCUCCACAAUGGCUGCUCUCUCGCUGAUUCAUCCAAAGCUGUAGAGCUGAUGAGUGUUCAUUUCUGGGUCAGUGAGCAGCAUGCAAUGCCGCCUCUCUGAACAGUGAACAGAGAGGAGCAAACAUUGCUUUCAGACACAAACUAACUACACACGAACCCAACAACCGUUCCCUCAUGAGGCUGUGGAGCCCUCAGGCCUCUCAGACAGUCUGUGCACCUACGCAGAGCUUGCAGCAGUUCUCACACAGCGCUGGGAUUAUUCCUUAUCAAUCGGAGAAGUUCACCUAAAAGCGAGCAUGAGAUCACCGUACUUCCCGGCAAGGUCGGUGCUCUUCCACAAGGAGCCCAACGGAGUGACGUACAGAGUCCCGGCUCUGCUGUACCUGAGCCGCUUCAGGUCAUUUCUGGCUUUCUGUGAGGAGAGGCUGACCCCGUCGGACUCUCAGGCUCACCUGCUCGUGAUGAGGAAAGGCACCUUCUACAGGAACUAUGUGGAGUGGAAGGACAUGUGUGUUCUGGGCACGGCCUUCCUGCCCGGUCACAGGUCCAUGAACCCCUGUCCCGUGUACGACGAGUUCACCGGCAUUCUCUUCCUGUUCUUCAUCGCCGUCCUUGGCCACACCUCAGAGUCCUACCAGCUGGUCACCGGGGACAACGUGACCAGACUCUGCUACAUCUCCAGCGCUGACGGAGGAGACACCUGGAGCCCAGCCACAGACCUCACCGACACAGUCAUAGGAGGCACUAUCAAAGACUGGGCCACCUUCGCUCUGGGCCCGGGUCACGGCAUCCAGCUGAAGUCGGGCCGCCUGCUCAUCCCCGCCUACGCCUACCACAUCGACUGCAGAGAGUGCUUCGGCCAACUCUGCCUGACCACCCCGCGCGCCUUCUGCUUCCACAGCGACACCCACGGGAGGAGCUGGCGCUUCGGCGAGCCCAUCCCGGCGCCGGAGAGCGUGGAGUGUCAGAUGGUGUCCGUGGACGAAGAAGACGGCUCCAACGUGCUGUACUGUAACGCCCGCAGCCCUCUGGGCUACAGGGUGCAGGCCCUCAGCCUGGACGACGGAGCCGUGUUUCAGGAGGGCCAGCUGGUGCAGAGCCUGGUGGAGCCUAGAAACGGUUGCCAUGGAAGCGUUGUUGGGUUUCCCGCUCCGUUACGUGCCUGUGAAGCCCACGGUGGUCGCACGUCCCCCUGCAGACACUGGACGUCCUUAACGGGCCACACUGAUUGCUCCCACUCUGCUCCCCGACCAGACUUCCUGACCCCCACCUGGGUGGUGUACUCUCACCCAACGUGGACCACCGCGCGCAGAGAUCUGGGUGUGUUCCUCAGCCUGUUCCCACGCGAUCCGGACAGCUGGCGUGGCCCCUGGGUGAUCUACGAGGGCCCCAGCGCGUACUCGGAUCUGGCCUACCUGGAGCUGUCGCCGUCACCGGGAGAGCCCCCAGCCGUGGCCUUCGCCUGCUUGUUCGAGUGCGGCACCAAGACGGCCUACGAUGAAAUCUGCUUCAGCGUCUUCAGCCUCUACGAGCUGAUCAACAACCUGCCCCGAGCCGCGGCGGGGCCGCGAACUGACCGCAGGGACAACAACACCCAGCAGGCAGACUGUGAGGUGGGUGGAGAUCAAGAGCCUCGAAAUGCUCCGGUCCAUCAGAUGGGUCAUGUGAAGAAGAGGAGGAGGAGGAAGCUUAUGAAGAUGUGCUCUGUUUCUUAAAUAUUUUUGAAAGAGAAACGA